AUGUUCCAAUAUGAUCCCUUAGAAGACGACCAUGGUCAUAAUUUUGAAACUAUGCCAUGGCAUAGGCGGCAUCAUCAACAACAGCGGCAGAGUCCAUUUCAUGACGAUAAAUCUUUGGAGUCAGAUUGGAUCCACCAGCAAUUGCAGUUUCAACCGCUUUCCAAUCGGCCAUUCGACUUUCUGGACACGGAUGCUUCCAUUGGGAGUGCGAUUACAGAUGGCAAUAGCACGGAUACAUCCAUCUCACAGUACCAGCACCAACAGCAAUCACAGGGUCAAUCACACUUACAACUAGAGCAUGAAUACCAAGACAUGAACGAAGAAGAGGACAUUUGGACCGUGAAUGCAACAACACAUGCUCCCUUCAGAUACAAUACUCUAUCCUGGGAUACUCGAAAUUCGCAUUUUCCUUUGUAUGAGCAAACGCAACUGGCAGAUCGCAACAUUGGGACGCCCUUCAUCACCGAAGUUCCUCACAGCUUAUUUGAGCCUUUGAUUCGACGAUUGCAGGACCCUUCCAACACUGUUGUCAUCCACGAAGCCGAGCUAGUCAAGAGUUUGAUACAAGCCAUCACUGGAUUACCCUCUAUUUACUUUUACUGGGACCAUCAGCAACAUGUGUUUAAACAACGUUAUACGCACUAUCGCAUUCUUGGCAUCAGUGCAUCUGCUAUUCAGCCGGUAUUGGAUCAAGUGUUGUUGUUUGGUACUCGCAUCAAAGGAUUGGAGUUUGUGUCUCAGCAGUGCCAGUUACAGCCCAAGGUGUAUGGACUUACAGGCGUGGCGUUUGGUUGUUGUUUGCAGGAUCUGUUGAUGCACAUUCAGCAAACUACAAUGUCUGUGUUCUCAACUGGCAACCAUGAGUCCAUGACAGUGUUGAAGCUGUAUCACUCUAUUCAGAGUCUAGCUACUGUCGUCGAUAAGCUAUAUGGACUAUGUCAAAUGCAACAACAGCAGCAGCAAUUUACAAUACCCAAAGGCGCCUCAUUGUUGAAUUUACUGCAACGCGAAAUCAGCGGGUUUGAUUUGGCUUCAAACGGAGGAAAUUCUGCCUUGUACCGAGAUAUCUGUCUGAUUGCCUUGAGCUAUACCAGUGUGCCGUAUUCAAACAUGCUGAGCAGGUGGCUACAUUUCAGCAACACGGGCUCAGAUGAUCAAGUGAGUGGAGAUCCUUACAAUGAAUUUUUCAUUGGCGAGAAAUCCACAACGAAUAGACAUGAUUUGCUUCAAGGCUAUAAAAUCCGAUCAGAUAUCGAGUUACCGUACUUUAUAGAUAAGGAGCUUGCACUUUACAUACUUCGAUCCGGUAUUUCAGUUCGACUGCUGAAGCUAUCAAGACCAGACCAUCCUUUAUUUGGCUUGACUGACUGGAUUAGUCUUAAAUUUUCAGUGAGCAACACGGAUAACGAAGAGUACAUGUUUAGACUGCGGCGGGUAUGCGACGCUAUUAGAUCUUACAACACAACAGGCUCUAUUGCUCCACAUCAAACGGCAACUAUUACUAUUGAUGAUGAUGACUACGACAGCAAUCAGGAUACUAUGCAGCAUGACAUUCCUACGUUGCCCCCACUGGCAGACGACACCAAACAAAGCGGCUUUUCUAUCAAACUGAUGCAACUAUUACAAGAUGAAACCAGCCACUCUAUACCCACAUUUGAUACCAUCACUCUUCAAACCUACAUUGUGCCUAUCCAAACAUGGUGUCCAUUACUCAAUGAAUCCUUCAUGAUUUCCUUCUUAAACCAGUUCAAACUGCAAUCGCAUCUGUCAUUAUUAUAUCGCUAUUUCCUGUUUGGCAAUGGUACUUUUGUGAAUGGUCUCAAAGCUACUUUCUUUGCCAAGAUUGGAUUAAACCACAUGGGCGAUUGCUGGCCGCCCAAGGUAUUCAAUCUGAAUCUAGCAUUGCAAAGCCUAUUACUUGAGAAUUCGCAGCAUGAAUACGAUGAUCUCAUUACAUUUUUUGUGAGAAAAACUACAGCAGACAGCCCUUGGUGCCAUCCGCACGCCGUUGAAGCAUUAAGCUUUUUGCAGCUCCAUUAUGAUGCGACAUACCCAUUGAGUAUGGUCAUCACACCAGCUAUCCUAGACAAAUACAACCGAAUAUUUACAUUCCUGAUACAACUAUUACGAGUGGCCACAGUCAUCAAGCGAUGCUUUGAACCACUGCGCAACAUACGGUGGUACAAGGCAUCUACGCGAGAUGCUAUUUGCAGAUACAGAUUUCAGAUGGAUCAGUUCACAAGUGCACUACAGAGUUACAUUCACGAUACCGCUAUCGAAAGCACCUGGUCCUCGUUCAUGCAACAUGUACAGGCCAUGCAAUCGCAACAGACGUCCUCAAGCAGCAACAGCAGCAGUAGCAAAGACUAUGUUUCGGUUAUCAUGGAGCCCCACAGUUUCCGAGAUUAUCAUGAACACGUCCUUGACCGUAUCUUGUUUCAAUGCUUCUUGAAACAAAGCCAGACUCGUAUCUUCAAAGUGCUUAGACCCGUACUGCAGGAUAUCGUAUUUUUUAGCGUGAUUCUGGAAGAUUAUGCAGUCAAAGAUAUGGAGAGUGAAGAUAAGCUCAAUAUGAAAUGUGCCCGUAUCUUUGACCAAUUCAAGAACCACGCGAGGGUGUUUGUGAGUGUGCUACAGUUACUGGAAACCAAGGGAUCAGGUAGAUUAACAAACGUGCUCAAUAGCACACAACCCAGCAUAUUUAAUGAUCUAUACGCAAGGCACGAGGCGAAAAACGGAAUGGAUGUAUUUGUGAAGGAUUUGCUGACUCGAUUUACAUUGAACGGAUAUUACAGCAUCAGGCCUGGAACGGAGGCACCUUUUUCCUAUUUUAAUGAAAAUUCCUCCUUUAAUGAAAAUAGAGGAAAUGGCGAUAGUGACACUAAUUUCACACGAUGA